AUUUGGAAUGAAGCUCACUUUUCGGAAAGGGAAAAACAACUUUAAAAGUAAAGAUUGAAACGAAUCAGCAAUGCAAAUAUGAUUGAUUAUUAAAAAAAGUUUCAAAGGCACGGGUUACAAAAAUGUAAUUUAGGUAUUGUGCCUAACAGAAACGCAUUGUGUACUUGGGUUUAAGGAAUAUUUGAAAACUGAAGCUCAAUCUGAUGAACAAUGUAACAGAAUCAUAUAUAUUGAUUAUGGCUCAUCCUCAAAAAUAACAUUUAAGAUAAUUUUAGAUAAAAUCUAUAACAUCAGCGAUCGGAGAAGUUCAUUUGUUAGCAACUAAAAAUAUUGAGUUGCAAGCGUAUCAAGAGAGAUUUUCAUUUUGUCUUCAAGUAGUAAAUUGGCGUGAGUGUCGUUUCAGAUAGACAUCUAAGAUGAAGUUGGUUGUAGUUCUCUUGCUGAUAGCUCUUGUGGCCGUUACAGAAUCACGCCGUAAAUGGGGACGUAGAUGGAGAAUGGGUCGCAAGAUAAGAGAAUUGAAGGCCGAAAUUGAAAAACUCAGGACUGAAGCACAGGAGAGUCAGGCUGCAAUCGAUGCAGUGAACACAAAUCUAGCAGAGUGUCAGACUACAGUAGACACAAACGCAGAUGAAAUACAGACGCUUAACAGUAGUUUGACACAGUGUCAGACUACACUUGAGAGUAAACUGGCACAGCCAUGUCAUAUAUGCGGUCAAGCCAGGAUAGGCGACAAUGUCAUGGACAUACUGUGUGAUGCUGCUAGGAUAAAAGCUAUAAACGUCGACACUGCAGAUGCAAAUGGGUGCAGACUGGAUACGACUCCGACAUCUUGGGUUCUUAAUUGUGCCACGUAAUGCAGUUCUCUGAUGUUCACCAAUCAAAUGGCAUUUCGAUAAAGGCGGAAUCAGAUCUAGCAAUUCUUUGGUCGUGGGCUUUCAAGGUGCUUCAUCUUGACGAAUCUGAUAUGUUUCAAUUUUAGAUUAUUUUGGGCUCAUAUCAUUCCCUGUCAUUUCUAUUUUCUAAAAAAUCCGAAAUGUAUACUUUAUUUGUGGAAAACUAAAGAUGUUUACAAUAAUGCAAUCAUUUGUCUAUAAGAAUGGUAAACUGUUUUUAUAAUUUGGGAGAAUUUAAAUGUUUCCCCCCAUUU